GCUUGUCAAUUUUUCAUCUGGUGUACGAAAUCCUUUAUUUGUGAUCGAAGACCUUUUUUUUUUUUUUUUGCUUGUCAAAUUUUUUGGCGGACGGUUUUGCCCCCCCCCCCCCCCCCCCCCCCUGUGGAAAAUCCUAGGUACACCACUGGAUGCAAGUUUCUCAUACAUCACUCCAUCAGCUCUUAAAAUCCCGCUCUAAAUGCGCUUGGAAUUUUAUUAACUUGGACAAAAUGGCUACCAUCUCAAGCAGAUUGUCUCUAAUGAGCGAGUGGCAGAGGAGUUUGAGUGAAAACGACGGAGUGGCAUGGGUGAACUGCAGAACAAUAGGGGAGAAGACGAUCGAAGGUGAAUUGAGGUCACAUGGGGUCAAUGACCUUGGGACACCAGAGGUCACUGUGUCAGAAGGGUUUACUGUGUCUGAUGUAACUAAGAGGAAGAUCACCGUGACGUGUCCUGAGAAGAAUGUAUCGGCCCAGUUUGUAGCCCCUAGCAGCGAACUGGAAAGCAUCCAUGAUAAGAGUAUUCACAGUUUAGACAUCUCCUCAGGGGGUGCCCUCGGGGUAUCAGCAAGCUCUGAUGGUCGUCUUAGAAUAUGGGAAACAUCAACAGGAAUCGUGAGGAGGGAGCUAGAGGGCCAUGCUGGAGAAGUCGAGACUUGUCGGUUCUUCCCGUCGGGUGUGGUCGCCUUGAGUGGAGGACUGGACACUCAGCUGAAGAUAUGGUCGGUGGAAGACGGGAGCUGUCCGGUAACUCUCAGAGGUCACAAACGAGGUAUCCAAGACACCGCCAUUGUGGACAAAGGACGGAACGUCGUCUCCUGUUCCUUGGACGGGUCAGCAAGGUUAUGGGACUGCGGCCAGUCACAGUGUCUCGGGGUCAUAGGUCAAGGGUCGGAUGCAAUCAAUGGCUGUUCUGUAGCCCCGGUCUGCGAUGGAGUAGGCCUUGGCACUCCAGAGAAUCCUUCAUCUGAUCGAGAAGUUGGCACUGAUGACAAGCUGUUACUUCUAGCUCGGGAAGGAGGCAGUCUGGAAGGCUAUGGCUUAAAAAGUAGACAGAAGGUAUUCAAUGUCUCUGGCUCCUCUCCUUUUAACUGUUGUACAUUCCUCUCAUCACAAACCUGGGCCGGGGGAGCAGACGAUGGAAACAUCUAUCUCAUUGACGUCAGGAAUACAAGCGAGCCGCAGUCUGUUAUUCACCAGUCUGCUUCCCCAGUGAAGUGCAUUAUGGGAUAUCAAGAUGGAUUCAUUGCCGGCACAAAUGAUGGAGGAUGCUUCUACUUCAACCUAAGGACUGGCUAUCUCCAGGAAUUCACUGGCUCUGACUUUGACCCUAUCUAUUCCAUGGGACUUCAUCAAAAUCAUCUCUAUACAGCGUGCAGAGACCACGUCGUACGGAAGUAUAAUCUCUGAGAGCUUGUUGUCCAGUCACUGGAUAUCCUUCCAACCUUCACUUUGGGACCUUAGCCUAAAGACCAUGUUUCUCCAGGAAUUCACUGGUUCUUACUUUGACCAUGUAGACCCUAUUUAUUCUAUGGGUCUGCAUCAGAAUCUACUGUACACAGGCUGUAGAGAUCACAUCGUAUUGAAUUACAACCUCUGAGAAGUUCCUCACUCAGUGGAAAUGCUUAUACAUGUACUUCAACCUAAGGACAGGGGCCCUCCAGGAAUUCAUUGGUUCUUACUUUGACCCCACCUAUUCCAGUUGACUUCAUCAAAACCAUCUCUACAGAACAUGCAGAGAUCACAUCGUACGGAAUUAUAAUCUCUGAGAACAUGCUGUUCAGUCACCGGGACAUACUUCAACCUUCGCCUUGGGACUUUAGCCUAAAGACCAUGUUUCUCCAAGAAUUCACUGGUUCUUACUUUAACCAUGUAGACCCUAUUUAUUCUAUGGGUCUGCAUCAGAAUCCUCUCUAAACAGCAUGUAGAGGUCACAUCGUAUGUGAGAAGAACCUUCGAGACUUUCCUCACCAGAAAUGCUUAUACUUCAACCUAAGGACAAGGUCCCUCCAGGAAUUCAUUGGGUCUGACUUUGACCACAUCUAUUCCAUUGGACGCCAUCAAAACCAUCUCUACACAGCAUGCAAAGACCACAUCGUAGGGAAGCAUUAUCUCUGAGAACAUGCUGUUCAGUCACCGGAACAUACUGCAACCUUCGCCUUGGGUUUUUAGUUUAAGACAGGGGUUCUCCUGAGACUCACUGGUUCUGACAUUGACUAUGUACAUGUAGAGUUUAUCGACUACUUGGUAUUUUUUCAGAAUGAUCUGUACACUCCAUACCGAGACAGCAUCGUACAGAAGUACAACUUCAGAGAACAAGUUCCUCAAGUUAGAGAUUUUGGCUGGUGAUGAGCAUUAAAGAGGAACUAUCGCUCUGACUUGGUCUCUUAUGAAUACCAGAUUAUGAAAAGAUACUUAUUUUGGGGGACUCAGCAGUAUCCAGAAGCCAGAAGGGGGAUAUCCCCAUGCUUCUUCGGCUAAGCAGUGAUAGAGUAAUGUAUUUCUGUAAGAUUGCCAGACAUGCCACCAGGGUUAGAUGUAAGUGCAGUUGUAGAUUCCAUGAGAUGUACAGACACUCUCCUGAAAAUCAGCACUAAAACUUUCAUCCAAUAUCCAGUUUGUCUUGUCAGAUAUGCCAAUGGUACUCGACUAAAUGGACAGUAAAUAAGACUGGUCAAGCCAAAGUUGAAAUUUAAUGGAAUGGUCAGUGGGAUAAACCGCCAUUAGACCAAAUUGCUUUGGACGAACUGGCUGUAUGUGAAGUAAGAUGAUGAUACCAAACAGUUGAAUAGACAUAGGGGUUUUGUUUAGAUCAAGUAACAAUUCACCAUUCUCCAAGAUUUAGUGGUUGGUAUUGUCAUGGCAUUAAUUAACAAGUGAACCCUAGGUUAGCUAAGACCACACUUCAAUGGAGUGAUUCUGUAUUGGCUGCAGCAACAAUUGCUCCACUAAAAAUGUCACUGCAUGACUAACUUCAACCCAGGAUGAAACACUACCCUAUACCCUAAACCUAUCAUAAAACCUUAGGCAACCCUGACCGUAACCAUAAUGUAAAACCGUAUUGCAACGCUUAUCCUAACCCGUUCAUCCUAUAUGAAAUAAACCCUUGAGCCAUUCAGAGAAGUCAAUGUUAUGUUGCCGUAUGGAGUGCCAUUUGCCAAUUUAUUCACCAAAUGAAAAUCAUUUCAAUCCUGCAAUGAAAACAAGAAUGUCAGAGGAAUAGAUUUUGUUGUGAAAUGGAUUAAAGAUGUAUGAGCAUGCAGUGCAACAAAUUUCAAUGAAUUCCUGGGUGCAUUAUCUUUUCCAAAUAGUUUUAAACAAGGAAGAUGAAACAAAUCAUAAAGUGUGGGGUAAAAUUGUUGUUUAGUUUGCCAUUAGACUGGAGUUUGAUUUUGGGAAUACCAUUCAGUAUGGAACAUCAGCAUUUCUCAUUGGCAGUUUUCAGGAAUUUGUCACUGAUAAUGUCUAUGAAUUCCUUGGAUCUGGUUGGCUGAAAAGUUUUGUUACUACGGUAUAAACAUGUAGAUGUCAAACAUAAAACAAUACCCCGGGGUGCUCUCUAACACAAAGUUUUGUGAUCAAUCUUUCCAAAUUAUUGGGAAUGUCUGGUGGAAAAUAUUUUAGAUAUGUAUACAUGCAGCAAUUGAUUUGAUUUCCAUUCUGUAAUAGACCAGUUUGUAGUUACUUCUGGACAAUUUUGGUCAAAUGACCUUUCAUUUCUUUCAUUAUGAUAGGCAGAUUUCAAAACAAGAUAUUACGGUACGUAAGCAUGCCUUACAUAGCAGGAUGAAGAAAUUGAAUAGACCAGGUGACUAGAAUAGAACACCAAUGAACACUUUAUGAAGGUAUUUGUUGCAUUCUUACUUUGAAUACAUAUCAUAGCUUGUUGCACAAUGUACUUGGCAAACUGUGAAAUACCAGUCGUUCGUGGACGCAUUGUUGUUUUUUGUGGAUGUAAAUGAAAAACACAAUUCAAAAGAAUAUAUGAAUAAUCAAGACAUCAAAGUUGGUGCUUAUCUCAUUAGAUUUUAAACCAUCAUGUCACUUUAGUACAAAUGACCUUCCUCUGAUCAUGCGCAGAAAGGAACUACGAACUGGCUUAUUGAUUGCAAGCUUUUUGUUACAUGUCCUAGUUAUUAUUUGAUCCAGAACAAUGGAUAUACAAGAAAAGUCAAGCCUUUUGUAUUUUGAAUUCUUUGAAAAAAAAGUCUAUAUGAUGUGAUAUUCAUAUCUAUGAAGGGCUUUUAGCAACACAGCCAAAAGUUAUUUUGAGAUUAAUUUCUGAUUGUCUAGUUUGCUCCCUAUGAAAUAGGGAAAAAUACAAAAUGAAUUUUCUAUGA